AUUCGAAAUGGCAUCUCGUAACGAGCUGGCCGAGCUAACUUUUAGCGCACCUCGGAGAAAGCAUCAUCAAACUAAAGUCCUUUUCGCCAUGGUGGGUCUUCCAGCGCGCGGGAAGAGUUUUAUCUCUAACAAAAUCUCGUCCUACUUAAACUGGACUGGCAUACCUUGCGAGAUCUUUAACGCCGGAUCGUAUCGCAGAAAGCGGCUGGGUGCUGACAAGAGUGGUCGAGCUGAUUUCUUUGAUACGAGAAAUUCGUCAAAUUUAUCCCAGCGCGAUCACAUUGCAAUGGCAACAUUGGAUGAUGCUCUGCAGUUCUUGGAGGAAGAAGGCGAGCGCGUAGCGGUUUUUGAUGCCACAAAUACUACAAGGGAACGUAGGAGAAUGAUCUACGAGAAGAUCAAGGAGUUCGAGAAAACAAGUGUGAAGGUGACGUUUAUUUGUUUAGAGAGUAUUUGCGACGACCCAGAGGUCUUGGAUGUCAAUUUGAGGCAAAAAAUUCGCGGGUCUCCCGAUUUUCAAAAUAUGGCUGAAGAGGACGCACUGCGUGAUUUACGCGAACGCAUUAAGCGUUACGAAAGUGUGUAUGAGGAGGUAGACGAUUCGGAGAAGCUAUCAUAUGUUAAGGUUAUAAAUCUCAAUGCAAAGGUUGUUUGCAGCAACGUAUUUGGUAAAACCCCUUUACGUGUGGUACAACUAUUGAUGUCGUGCAAUGUUUACACACGCCCGGUCUAUUUGUGUCGCGCCGGGCAUUGCGAUGGAAUAGUUGAUAUGUCAGGACUGCGAAAACAAGUGAAGGCUGUUUUGGGCUGCCAGGAUGAAAUACUUGGUCGAGCUAGAGGCCCAUAUGCAGAAGGGAGCAAGGUUAUAGCCCAACAAGUCAACGCAGUAGCUCUAGAUAAGUCGACUGCACCUGAAAGUAGCAUGAAAACUGCGGAUGCUACUAAAACAGGCUCCCAAUUGUUGCGAUGCUUUUCAACACGUAUGGACGAGGUCUACAUGCCGUCUAUGGCAACAGCAAGUGCGGAAUUGAGUGAUAGUGGCAAUCGCUUCGCGCAGCGAGUGGCCAAAUUCAUUCGUCAGGAACAGGGUGCUGAAGCGGAGAUCGACACAUACACGAGCACUCUUCCCAGAGCUGUGGCCACUGCCAUGCCGUUGAUGGAAUAUGAUGAAGACAGAAUAGAGGAAUGGUCAGCCUUAAGUGUGUUGAACACGGGAAUAAUGCACGGGUUGAAGGUCAGCAGUAUUAGGAGGGAGUAUCCAGCGGAAUUCAACUUGUGGAAAAUUGAUCCUUUUCGCUACAGAUUUCCAGGAGGGGAAUCUUUGUAUGACUUGAAUCAACGUUUGGUGGAUGUUGUCCUGCAAAUAGAGCACACGUUCAAUCCCGUAUUAGUAGUCAGCCAUCUCAGUACCAUUCAAUCUCUAUUGGCCUAUUUCCAGAAUAUAGCUAUGGAGAAAGCACCCAUGAUAGAAGCACCGCAGCAUUCUGUUAUUGUGCUGAAACCUUCGAACUACGGUUGGUCUAUCAAAAUAGUGACUGAAGACGAACUACCCGAGCUUUGAGCCCAGAAUUUGGCUUGAAUAUAGAAGCAAAUUGUCAAAUUACACCUCGAACUUCGUCGUUCAUAAGCACGUCACAUUUUGAGUGUGUAGUGUACCAAGAAUACAUAUGUCGGCGAUGUUUCUUAAUGAACAACAUAACGACGCGGUUGCGCACGUCGUUUCUAUCAAACUGCCCGGUGCCCUGACGCCUUUGCAUAUUGAUCGGGGUUUUUUUGGUGGUGAGCGACAGAAAUUCGUCUACGAGUCUGUGAGGCCGACGGAUGGUUUUCAGCGCGAAUAUGCCGUAUUGUAAGGUGUAUAAUCGUCAAAAUUAUGUACUUGACACUCCUCGGAUUAUGCACGCAGUUGAGGGAAUCUACAUCUGCUUGAUUAGCUCACAAAGUAUAAGAACCUUUCGACCUCUGACCCUUGCGAGUGUUUAGCACGUGCAGAACAGACGGACGAAGUGUGUAUCAGGCGCAGCGGUCUAGUAUGAUAGGGGUUUGAAGUUUCAAUAAAUACAGGACACGACCCAAAAAUUGUAAUAAGUUUUGAAUACUAAGUGAAAAACUGCAUGACAUCCGCUUGCUUUCUAAAU